GGGGAAGCAGCUUGUCCUAGCUCUUUCUGGCUGGUAGACAAGCAGAAAGGGAUUGUAUGUAUUGUGGUGAAAAGGUGGUGGGAACACUACCUGUAAAAUAAAGCACCAGGUGAGCACUGCAACAAGGACUCUGAGUGACUUUCUCAGCCCAGUGCGGGCAGGAGGCAGGUGGGCCCAUCAGGGAACCUGCUACAUGUGGGGGCUUGUCCGGGAUCUGUGCCAGAGCAAGAGUUUGGCUGCCCGAGAUGGAGGAGACCUUGCAUUGGCUAAUCAAGCAGCAAGAAGAGCUGCAGAAAGCAGUACAGACCUUUCAGCAGUCCCAGCAGGUGGAGAGGCAGGCCCUGCUCAGCCGGCAAGCUGAACAGCAGAGGAGCCUGCAAGACUCCAUUUGGGAGCAGACCACCAUUCAGCAACAGCUCCUCCAGAAGGCGAUGAGUCCCCCGGGAGGGGAUGGCGUGCGGGCACUGGGCUUAGGACUAUAUAAAAUGGGCCCGGCAGAUGACCCUGAUGCCUUCCUAGGCAUGUUUGAGCGGGUAGCCAUGGGAGCAGGAUGGGACAGGACAACCUGGGCCCUGCAGGUAGCUCCCUUCCUGGCCUCCCUGAGAGGACAAGGGUAUGGGUGAGACUGCACCAACUGGGCACAGUGGAGGCUGCGGUAAAGCUGACAGAGGAGUAUGUGGAGGCAGACUCCCUCAGGAAGGAGGGGCACCCCACAAGGAAGAGGACCGUCGGAGGAAAAUCCCAGGAAACGCUGACCGGAAAGGGUCUGGAGAAAAAGCGGGAGACCACUGGGGGAGGUACCACUGGGACCAGGCAACUCAUCUGCUGGCAGUACAGGGGAGUAGGACAUAAAAAGCAGGACUGCCCAGAUAUGGACUGUGGCUUUGUGGAAUUUUGUGGGUGGACCAACUCUGGAGGGUGGAGGAAGGGGCGAAAACUGUCCACCAUUCCGGUUAAGGUGGGGAGGAAACCCCAGCGGAGUCUGGUGGACUUAGCCUCAGCCUGCCCUCUAGUAAGGAGGGGGCUGGUGAAGCCGCAGGGGAUAAUUCCUGGGGCCAAAAUCUGGGAUGCAUCCAUGGGGAUAAGAGGCAGUGCCCAAUGGCCCACGUACCUCUUGAGGUUGGAGGCCAGUUCUAUUGGAAAUGGGUCAGGGUGGUAGAGACCAUGCCAUACCCUGUGGUGAUGGGACCCCUGGCCCAGAGGGAAGGGAGAUUGGGUGAGGAAAGAGAGAGACCGGUUGAGGUCUCUCAGCUAAAGAAUCCUAGACAACAGAGCCCGAGUCAGGAAGGACAGGAGAUGGAAAAGGUUGAAAGCCUUAGACAACAGAGCCCGAGUCAGGGAGAAUGGGACAAGGAAAAGGAGAAUGAAGAUAGGGAGGGAAUAUCCACCCCAGGACUCUCAGCAGAGUCAGUGGGCCCAACAGAACGCUGUAGGCAGACCCCUAGGAGACGAGGCCCGAAUACUGCUUCAGGGGUCUUGGGAAUCAGAGGUCCUGGGUGCCCAGGAGGAAGCCAGGGCCAAUCCUGAAUCCCUGCCAGAGGUGAAGGAGCGCACUGAGGGGUGUGACUGGUGUGAUGACCUCUGGGCGGAAGCAGUGCUAUGGGAUGGCUGACCCCCAACGCAAUGUACUUUCUGCAGAUGGGGGAUGGCUGAACCUUGCAAGGAAGCCCCAGUAGGUCACUCAAAAGAUGAAGACCUCCCUACUAGGGACCCACCUGUUAGAAAGGGGAAGAAGGGACCUGGACAAUCAAACUGAGUGGUUUGGAAAAAGGAGGGAGGUGUGUGACAGGGUGCUAAGCAGAAAGCUGCUUAGCCAACUCCCUGUCACUCCAGCUCCAAUUAAGGGAGGUGAAUUGGAGCUGAGUAGAUCACCUGGCCCUGAUUGGAGAAGCUGGAACAGCUGCUGCCUCAUUAGGCUGGGGCUGGAUAAAAGCCCCAGGGGAAGGAAGCCAGGGGAGGAGCUGGGAAGAGGGGAAGCUGCACUAAGGGAGAAGUAGCUUGUCCGGUUGCUCUCUGGCUGGUAGACAAGUAGAAAGGGAUUGUAUGUAUUGUGGUGAAAAGGUGGUGGGAACACUACUUGUAAAAUAAAGCACCAGUGGCCAUUAUUGCUGUGGGAGAUCAAAGCUGCAUCCUGGUCCAUCUUGUGUGUCAUCAGCAAAACUGCCAGCCACGUGUCUGUUUCCUGAGACCUUGCAGGCCACCUCAUUCUUCGGAAUCUCGUAGGCUGGUGUGAGCUCACGUCCCUGUGAAAGGUUUUCCUGGGAAACAUCAUAAGACCUAAACAAGCAACAGAAGUGAAAUUUCUCAUAGACAAAGGAGAAGCUGAUGCCUCAAGCCAGGUGUCAUUGAAGUUGAUGGGCAAUCACCUGUCAAAUGGCUAUUCUUCAGCAAGAAACGGGCAGAAACAAACAGAUCUGCAUCUUAGCAAACAACAGCAUGGAACCUCUUUCACCAGUGGACUCCUUGUCUCCGUCCUCACAAUGAACUUUACUUAGGGGUAAUCCUCAGGAAAAUGCAUUUGAAAGGGUGACUGAAUGAUAAAAGUGAAGGGCAAAACACUUCAAGUUACCUCUUCCUAUCCAUCUCUCUCUCUUUCACCAAAGAAGACAGAAAGAAACAGCGGUUGGAUUUGGGAGCACAUCUUGGCCUGAGAGUUUGGUCAGCAGUGUUACUGGGAACAUGUGAGCUGAAGAGGUGCAGCAUGGCUCACAACUGCCUGCAGUGCAUCAAGUACCUAAUGUUUGUCUUCAACCUUCUCUUCUGGCUGGGAGGCUGCGGGAUCCUUGGAGUUGGCAUCUGGCUGGCUGUUACCCAAGGGAACUUUGCUACCCUCUCUUCUUCUUUCCCAUCCCUGUCGGCUGCCAACCUGCUGAUUGUCACAGGGACUUUUGUCAUGAUCAUCGGCUUCGUCGGCUGUAUAGGUGCCAUCAAAGAAAACAAGGGCCUCCUGCUGAGUUUUUUUAUCAUGCUGUUAAUUAUAUUCCUGCUGGAGCUCACCAUCGUGAUUCUGUUCUUCGUCUACACCGACAAGAUUGAUAAGUAUGCUCAGCAGGAUCUGAAAAAAGGGCUUCAUUUGUAUGGGACAGAUGGAAAUAUUGGCCUAACUAAUGCAUGGAGCAUCAUUCAAACAGAUUUCAGAUGCUGUGGAGUCUCAAACUACACCGACUGGUUUGAAGUGUACAAUACUACACGGGUGCCAGACUCGUGCUGCUUGGAAUUCAGUGAGAAUUGUGGACUCCACUCCCCGGGGACCUGGUGGAAAGCUCCGUGUUAUGAGACAGUGAAAAUAUGGCUCCAGGAAAACCUGCUAGCAGUGGGGAUCUUUGCCCUGUGCACAGCUUUGGUUCAGAUUCUUGGACUGACCUUCGCAAUGACCAUGUAUUGCCAGGUAGUCAAGGCAGACACUUACUGUGCAUAGAAACCAUCUCAAGCCGCUAUGUUUCUCCUCAAAAGGACAUAGGAGAAAGCUCCUUCAUGUUCAUUCAUCUGAUCUUUUUUCUAUGUAAGAUAAACUGUGUAUAAUCCUAUAUCUCUGAAGAUUUUGUAAAUCACCCUAGUUUAUUGAGGGAGGAAAAAAGGGAUGGAAAAAAAAAAGCCAAGAGAAGAUCAGUACUUGGAUUGGCAUAGGCAGGAGGAAGAAGCAGUGUCUUUAAAAAAAAAAAAAAAAAAAAAA